AUGUCGUCCUACCUCUCGAACCUGCUUACGAACACCACCUCGCGUUACAACUCGUUGCGUCGCAACCUCCUCGACAGCGAAGCCGACGGCGACACCGAAGACGACUCGCACAUUGCCCGUGUGCUGCGCGCAUACUACCAGGAGAAGGGCCGCCCUUUCCCACCCUGGCUGCCUCCCGACCCACGCGCGCCUUCGCCUGCUCCUACCCAGCAAUUCGUUCGCUCUACCGGCCCCGCUGCCGGCGGACCCCCGGCCAGCAGAGGCGGCCUCAGCGAUCUCUGGGACACUCCCUCGUCGCCGACCCCGCCGCCACAGCCAAACUCUCUGAGAAGCAGAGCGCCGCCCAGAGGCGGCCCCGGCGCCGGGAGGGGCGGCUUUUUGCAGCCCGAACCCAGCCAGGGAGGCGGACGGCCGCUGCCCAGCCAGCGCGCAGGCAGCUACCAGAGCUCACUUUCCCAGGGCUCGCGUCCCUCGUUCGACUCGCAGCCGCCCGGCAGCGCCGGCAGCGGGACCGCGCAGGACAGGUUGAAGGCGCGCCUCUGGGGCUCGGGCAGGUCGGGAAGCCCCACGGGGUCACAGAGCAGCAGUCCGGCAGGUUCACCAGGAGUUCCCACGACAGGAGCCAAAAAUCCGUUUGAGAGAUCACACAGUGCUAACCCUGGCGGUAGAUGGGUCGGCGGUAGUCGUGACGAAGGAAGCGGCGGCCACCAAGGUCGAGUCGGAUUGCCCAGCGGGCCGAGAGCGUAUAAAUGA